UAUGCCAAAGAUAUUAGUUGCAAGCCUAUCAACACCAUAUAUGAUGGCUUCCUUUCUCAAAAGUUUCAGCAGUAUAAGCCAUCCCUCUCGGUGUCGCGGCCGCAAAGUACUAAACCAAUUCCCCCUAAUCAUCAAAUCCCAAAGUUUCAGGGAUGAAGGAAAAUCAACAAAUAUUGUGGACUCAAACAUGGGUGUUCUAAAACAUAGAAUAGAACAAGUGAAGAAGAAAGAGUGGAUGGACAGCUAUUGCAAGCUCAAGAACGGUUGGAACUACCGAUCUGGCUAUGAUGAUAGUCAACACAAAAGAGAUGUUAUGGUUCGUGAGUCCUUGGAGCUUGUGUGUUCUGUUGGCGGAUCACUAGGUCUGGUCUUUCUUUGUGGUUCUCUUUGCCUAUGCUUUGUUUACCUCAUCAUUAAUCACUUAAUUAACUGAACUUAAUAAUUAGCCUAAUUAGUAAGUUAAAAUUAAAUAUAUUUGUUUUCUAGUUGAGAGAACUCUAAAAAUGGACCCUCUUAAUAAAACUUAAAUGUUGUAUGUUACUACUCAAAUGGGUUUGGAACUGUUACAAAAAUGGUAUUUUUAAAAAAGAUAUCAUUGUUAGUGGCGGCGCAUGCCAUCCCACCCCUAUGACGUCCUGUCGAGAGUCUUGAAUUCUAGAUCUAACUGUUCUUGCUUUAUUCAAAUUAGUUGCGGUUAGGGUUUUAUUCUAAAUUGAGAUGAACGAGAUCAUUGCACUAUUACGUGUACAGCUGCAGACAAUAUAAAUAAGAAUUCUCCUAUGCGCACCAUUGUUUUCUUCA